UUUGAUGAGCACCCAUAAAUUUGUUUUUCUCUUUUUCUGUUUUCAAAAAAAAUUGUAAUUUCAUAUUGGGUGCUCCAUAUUUGUUAUAAAGACCAUAGUGGUGCAGUUUACGUAAUUACAUAGACUAGAAAGACACCAAAAGUGCGAUGACUUCUUUGGAUCCGGCCCCCAACAAGACAUGGGAUCUCUCCCUGUAUGAGCUGCAGCGCAAGCCCCAGGAGAUAAUCACAGACAGCACGGAAAUAGCUGUUUCACCGCGGAGCCUCCACAGCGAAUUGAUGUGCCCCAUUUGUUUGGACAUGCUAAAGAAGACAAUGACGACCAAGGAGUGUUUGCAUCGCUUCUGCUCCGAUUGCAUUGUGACGGCUCUCCGCUCGGGCAACAAAGAGUGCCCGACAUGCCGCAAAAAGCUGGUAUCCAAACGCUCGCUGCGGGCUGAUCCUAACUUUGAUUUGCUUAUCUCUAAGAUUUAUCCCAGUCGUGAGGAAUACGAGGCGCUUCAAGAAAAAGUGAUGGCCAAGUUCAACCAGACACAAUCACAGCAAGCUUUGGUCAAUUCGAUUAAUGAGGGCAUCAAGCUUCAGUCCCAAAAUCGGCCGCAACGUUUUCGCACCAAGGGCAGUUGUGGUGGUAGCGGUGGCGGUGGCGGAGGAGGUGGUGGAGCUGGCCGCAGUUCGGCCAAUCAAUUACAAGUCCAUGAUACAGCAUCGAAUGACAGUAAUAGCAACACAAAUAGCAUUGACAGGGAUAACCGAGAUCCAGGUAAUUCGGGAGCUUCAGCCACAUCGGCCAAUACGAGCGCUUCAACUGUGGCAGUUACUCCAUCGACCACAUCAGGAGCCAGCACGUCUGCCAAUCGUAUGCAUGUUGAUGAUGCCUCCAAUCCGCCGUCAGUGAGAAGCACACCGUCUCCGGUGCCUUCGAAUUCGAGUAGCUCUAAGCCCAAGCGGGCCAUGUCUGUCUUGACCUCUGAACGUUCCGAAGAGUCCGAAUCGGACUCACAAAUGGAUUGCCGUACCGAAGGGGAUUCUAAUAUCGACACCGAAGGUGAGGGCAUCGGUGAGCUGGGCAUCAAUGAUGAGAUUGAAUUGGUCUUUAAGCCACAUCCCACCGAGAUGUCGGCCGACAAUCAAUUGAUUCGAGCCCUAAAGGAAAACUGUGUGCGCUACAUCAAGACAACGGCCAAUGCUACAGUGGACCAUCUUAGCAAAUAUCUGGCCAUGCGUCUAACAUUGGAUUUGGGUGCCGAUUUGCCAGAGGCCUGCCGCUUACUCAACUUUUGCAUUUAUGUGGCGCCGCAACCCCAACAAUUGGUCAUUCUGAAUGGGAAUCAGACAUUGCAUCAGGUCAAUGACAAAUUUUGGAAGGUUAACAAGCCCAUGGAAAUGUAUUACUCAUGGAAGAAGACCUAAAACCAAUUGAAUUCGAAUAUAAUCCAUUUAAUCCAUAUUUCACUUUAGUAUUAAUUUUGUAUUCCUUGAAAUGGAAUAUAUAGAUAUGUAGUUUUUGAUCAUUUAAGUGCUUAACAAGAAUAUAAUCUAAACGCAACAAUUAAACGCACCUUGAGUUAGAAUUUAGUCCAAAAUAGAAUCCCAAACAAUUAUAAAAGUAGAAUGCUUAACAAGAAUGUAUAAUAUUUAUUGUACAUUAAAAUUUACAAAGUAAUACGUUAAGAAGAGGA